UGGAUUCAGGGGCAUCCUCUCUCUCUCUCUCUCUCUCUCUCCAUCCCUCUCUCUUUAUCUCUCUCUCUCUUUAAAGGCGGGGUUUUCUUUCCCACAUUCAUGGAAUUAAUCAAAUAUCCCGAUAAGAAGAUGCUGUUUGGAUGGAAAAAGUCCGGAGUGGAGUUUAAAUGAAGAGUCCGGGACAGAGGCUGAGUUUGUGCCGUGAGGACCCCUGACUGCGGAGGGAGGAUGAAACUUUGGCUCCUGGUCAGCCUGUGUGUCUGCAUGUGUCCGCUCCUGGUUGACGGACGACAUCCCACCUGUAACUUCCUGUUGGAGGUGGAGAGAGACCAGGCGGAGUGUCUCAGGAGGCUGCGGGAGGAGGAGGCCGCCAGCAGCCAUAAAGAGCCGGGAUGCAAAGGAGAAUGGGACAGCAUAGCGUGCUGGGAGCGAGCUGAGAUCAGAGCGAUCAUCACCAUCCCCUGCCCGCGAGCCCUUAAGACUGUAUUCGGCAGAAAUGGUAACAUUAGCAGGAACUGCACGUCAGCGGGAUGGUCGGAUGUUUUCCCAAACAUCACCAGCGUGUGUGGGUCGGACACCAGCCAGGACAAGCUGGUCUUCUACGUGGUCGUGCAGACGUUGUACACUCUGGGUCACAGUCUGUCUUUGAUCGCCCUCACCACAGGGAGUGCCAUCCUCUGUCUGUUCCGGAAGCUCCACUGCACCAGGAACUACAUCCACCUCAACCUCUUCUUCUCCUUCAUCCUGAGAGCCGUGGCCGUGUUGGUGAAAGACGACAUCCUCUUCAACCGAACAUCGCAGUGCUCCAACCAGCCAUCGCUGGUGGGAUGUAAAGCCAGCCUGGUGUUUUUCCAGUACUUCAUCAUGGCCAACUUCUUCUGGCUGCUGGUGGAGGGCCUGUACCUCCACACUCUGCUCGUUGUCAUCUUCUCUGAGAACAGACACUUUAUCGUCUACAUGUUCAUCGGCUGGGGAAUCCCGACCGUGUUCGUCUUUGCGUGGGUGAUGACGAGGAUUUAUCUGGAGGACACAGGAUGCUGGGAGACAAACGACAACCCCAUACCCAACUGGGUGAUCAAUGGACCAAUCGGAUUCUCCAUUAUGGUGAACUUCAUCCUGUUCAUCAGCAUCAUUCGGAUCUUGGUCCAGAAGCUGAGGUGUCCUGACGUGGGUGGCAACGACCAAUCACAAUACAGGAGGUUGGCCAAAUCUACUCUCCUGCUGAUCCCACUGUUUGGGAUCCACUAUGUGGUCUUCGUUGCUCUCAGUGAAUCCAUCGCAGAAGAUUACAAAAUAUUCUUCGACCUGGCCCUCGGAUCCUUUCAGGGUCUGGUGGUGGCCAUUCUCUACUGUUUCCUAAACAGUGAGGUUCAAGGCGAGCUAAAGAGAAAGUGGCGGAGUAUGUGUCUGGACUGCCGCCUGAGCAGAGAUCACCACUUCAACAACACCUUCGCCUCCAGGAAUGGUUCAGACCACAUGGUGCAGUUUCACCGCAACUCCCGAACCCAGUCCAUUCUGCAGUCAGAGACCACAGUGCUGUAAGGACCUGAGGGAUCUUUAAAAAAAACAAAUACAGUCUCCAGGUUGACCUGGGUUGAAUAAUUUUACAAAAUGAUGUGAACACAGAGUUGAGGUGAAGUACCACAUGGGUGGGACCUGCACAUUGUUUCAGAGCAGAUUUUGGUUUUAGCUUUACAAAUCUCUGUGAGCCUUCAGCCGUUCUGACCCAAACUGUGAAGGUGUGCUUGUGUUUUCUGCCAACAGAGAACCAUUUUUAUUCAGUGUGUUUAUGUCGUGUUUACGUCUUGAGCCAAGUAAGAACGGGUCUUGUAGGCAGUCUUUGCAACAUCCGGAACCUGAUGUUUAGUCCGUUUAUCCUGGACCUGUGCGCAUGGGUGAAGUAAGAAAUGUGCACGUUACAUGCAUCAGUUAAAUAUUUUUAAAGAAAAGUGUAAGGAAACACUGCCAUUCUUCUCUUCACAUUCAGCAGAGCUGUAAUUUCGAAUCGCGUUGCAACCACGAUGCUGCCGUUAUACUGCCAUUUCGGAGCCAUAAUAUUACGUUACAUAUACAUUGUACAUCAGCUACAAAGGGAAAUCUUGCAAUACUAUUGUGUUCACAAGUGUUCAUAGUGUGACUGACUUGGAAUACAUACUUGGUAUAUUAACCUAAGGAGAAACUGUCCUCCUAAUGUCAGCAUUUCAACAUCUGCCCAAAAACAACAGAUGUAUGCUUUCAAGUGAGUCCUCUAGUGGUUGUAGGGAUUAUGACUCUUAUCCAUUGGGAGCAAAGGAGGAAAUAGCGCAAAGUUGUUGACAACAAAACGUCAGACAUUAACACUCAGUGACCACGGUCAUUCCCUAACCCUAGCCAAUUAGUUCUUGUGCCUAAACCUGACCAAACCUUAACCAUAGCGGUGUCAGAUCAGAAAACGUAGUCUUGAAAAGGUGAUUUGUAACCGCUUCUGAAGGCACUGACAAACAAUGUCGUCCAGCCAAUAGUGGUGUCAGAUCAUUUAUGGUUUAAUUUGAAGGACUUGUUGAGGCAAUAAGAUAAAGGGUUUAACUUUUAAAGACUGUUUCUUUGGGUCCACCCAUUGAUGUUUCACUCAACCAAGCAGCAGAAAAGCAGGUCUGCUUAGUUUUCAGACCUUCUUAUGCCAAGGUCGAAGUUUUCAUUCCAGCUCAAAAGCUUUUUUUCCCACCAAGUUCGCAGGAAAACUGUGACAAUUUGUUACUUAAGUGACGUAUUCUGUGGUCCAUAGUGGCCACACCCACCCAUCUGAUACUUGAAGCUUGUUAAAAUCCCUGCUAAGAAUGAUUCACAACUGCAUUUUGACCCAGGUCAGCACAUGAGCCCUGGUUGUCUGGGCUACUGGUGAAAAACACUGGUAAAACAGGGUUGUUUUGUACUGAUUCAGAACCCAAACUGUUCUGGCAUCAUUUUUAAUGUACAUUUAAUGAACUGCUGUUGUCGAGCAGUGCUGUGCAUGCUCCAAACCCUUUUAUUUGUGUUACGAUGGCACUGACACUGUGCUGUUAUAAUGUAACAAUGAAGGUGUUCAGACUGAAGAGGUCACGUAAUUAAAAGGGAAACUUGUGUGUCCACCGGGCACUUCUGUUGAGAUUGGUGGCAUAACCACUUUAAACUUGAUUUAAUGACAAGCUCAAUACAACCACUACAGUUGUCAUUUGCACACAUACAGGAGUCUCAGGCUGGAAGAGGGCAGGAUGUAUUUCACAGACUUGUGAAAUUUGAGCAAGACUGAGGUCUUAGUGGGAAGCCUGCGAGGGAUCACAUCCCACAAUGCUGCUGAUCUGGGAACACUGCACACAAAAUAAUGAAACAAAUUAAUCUAAUCAAAGCCUUGAACAGGAGGUUUGCACAGAGCUGUUUACUCAAACCCACACCCAGCUAAUGCAGGAUUUGCAUCCACUCUCCCACCUGCUCAUGUAGCCAUUUUGAUCACUCCCACCCAAAAUACUGCUUUCUGUUGAAAAUCCUCUCUUCCCCAUCCCACAGGGAAAAUAAAAACCAUAUAACCACUAGGGAAUGUUUUUGAUCUGAAGAAAUGCAAAUACUAAAAUUUUUGUUUAGUAGGCCAAAUCUUAAAGACUUGAACUGAAAACAAACAUUGCUAGAAGGCGUUGAAAUAGAUGAAACGUGAGGGUUUGCAAUCCAGAUUUUGGAAGGUUACAUUGAUAUUGUUAUUGUUCUCCAACAACGCUCUAUAGCAUUCGUUGUAUGUGAACGGUGUGUUGAGCAGAUUUGCCUGUGGGAAUGUCUUUGAAUAAUGACAAUGUUCAAAAUUACAUUUAAAAAACCAACAAGUUUAACAUAUGAAAAGGAAGUGAGUGGGUUGGUGGCGAGAAACUGCAUCUUUAUUUCUUACACCAAGGAGAUUUAUGUUUUUUUUAGUCCAGUUUGUCUGUCCUGACUGCCCAACAGAUAUCAGUGAAAUUAAAAGGUCCAGUGUGUAACAUUUAGGAGGAUCUACUGGCAGAAAUGGAAUAUGUUUUCAUCAGUGUUUAAUCACCUGAAUAUAAUAUAAUUGAUGUGUUUUUGUUACCUUAGAAUGAGACAUUUUUAUCUACAAACAUGGACUCCACUAUUGUCUUUUUACAGCAGCGCAGAUUGGACAAACCAAAGAAUGGCUAUAGAUAGGGCCUUUCGCAUUUUUCUGGAGCUUCGUGGCCACCGUAGCUUCCUGUACAUAAUUCACAGCCCGUUCUCAUGCAGGUCAUUAAAUACAGACGUGAGCAUUGUUCAGUUACUUUCAAUCUGCAACUUCACUGCUAGAUGUCACUAAAUCUUACACACUGGUCCUUUAAGGCCUUGAGCAAUGCAAGAAUGGGUGAUUUGUGUGUGCAAAUAGAGCCCCUGAGUAGUAAUUUAAAGAGCUUCACAUUGCAAUCACAGGCAAAAUUCUCAACACUGCUAAAUUUCUAUUUAGAUACUGAUAUUAAAGAGCAACUUAACACACCUGAAAAUCUUAUAUUUGCUCUGUUUUUAAAGGUCCUAUGUGUAACAUUUAGGAGGAUCUGUUGGUAUAAAUGGAAUAUAAAAUGUAUAGGUAUGUUUUUAUGAGUGUGUUAUCACUUAAAAAUAAGAAUCGUUAUGUUUUCGUUACCAUACAAUGAGCCUUUUAUAUCAAUAGAUGCCGCGGGCCACCUUCCAUGGCGUCUGUCAACAUCAACUUUCGUGUUUCUACAGUAGCCCAGAAGCGACAAACCAAACACUGGCACUAAACUUCUGCAUCUACUGUAGUUUCUCCUCUGCGCUUGGAAGAGGAGAGUGAAAUGCUACAACGCUAGAUGCCACUUAGUCCUACACACUGGUCCUUUAAAACUGGUAUAUGUUGUAGAAUAAAAGCUAAUUUAUAGUCAACAUACUUCCACUCACUCCAGCAGAAGCAUCUCUUACAAGUCACCAGUUAAAGCAGAAGGGCCAGGUUGAUACAGGAACCUAAAAGAAAAUAAUACUUUGCUUAUUAAUGGGAAUAAUGUUUGUUUUAUUCAUGCAAUCAAGUGUUACACAGCAGUUGCAUGAUAUUCUCAGUGUUUUUGCCUUUUUUUCAUUGCUGUUGGUAAAUGGCUGUCAAUGUGUCAACUUCUUGUAGAAUCUAAUGUAAAUUUUGUCAAGAGAUAACUAGAAAAAAAAAAGAAAAGCUUGCUUUGUGCAGCGUGAUAUAUUUGUCCUUUAUAUGUUGUCUUUAAUUGUGGCCACAAGACAAAACAAUCUGGUGACACUUGCCUUAAGGCAUACACAAUAAGAGUUUAUUUUGAGUAAUCACAUUUUCACACUAACAAAUAUAACUUCUUCAUUAUCUCUAAAAUGAUAAUUCCACCUUUUAAGAUCUUUGGUGAAUAAGUGCGAUAACUUUAGUACUGUCUUUAAGUAAGUCAGUCCUAAUUUUAAAUAAUGUUAUUCAAAAAUGAUAAUAACAAUCAUCUUUAAUGAACACGGCACUCAAAACCAAACAUGCAUGCAAAUAUACAUCAACUCGGAGCCAGACCCCACUGUGCCUUAAAAGAUAUUACUAAACACAGAUCUGGACCAAAUUCACAUUUAGAUUAAUGCCUAAAGUUGUUAUCCAGAAUCUGUCAGAUAGAGUUGGGGAAGCAAAACAAGGAAAUAGAUUUGCCAAAUUUGGUCAAUUUAGGCAACAUCAAGGCAGUUUAGGGUCCUGGAUUCUCCAUGCACCGGUUUUAUAGAUACACCUGAGCAUCAUUUGCAUAAAAGCAGACAUUUUGUCUGUCAGAUGUUGUUUCCAUGCAUGUAGAUUGAGAAUGACAGAGGACCAAGGAUUAAACAUUGUUGAACACCACAUUUCUGAUGGUCUGCAGAAGAUCUUGGCUUGUAUCACAGCAAAGGUUAGAGAAUAAGGUUUAAAUAUACCAUUCAAUUUCAGUUCCAAGGCCUCAUGAUUGUCAAGUGCUUCAGCCAGAAUAUCUACAUUUUGUAAAAAGGGUUGGAGUUUUUGUGGAGAAGAGGUUGGAUGAGAAAGCAGCAGUGUGUUGUGCUGAGAAAUCUUAAUUAAACAAAUUGUCCUCUUUAAGGCACAAUAUCCUCCUAAUACAGAUUUUUAUAUCUAUUACACGUUUUUUGGAGGAUAUAAAAGUAAGACAUAAACAAACACUGUAAAAGCUUCAUCUGGUUUAAGAUAUUCCAUUUUUGUUUUACUUGACAGCUUUGGCAGAGCUGCAACUAACCAUCAUUAAUCAUUUGGUUAGAAAAGUAUAAAGAAUGCAGAUUUUCCACAAGCCCAAGCUGUUGUGUUCUGAUGUCUUAUUUUGUCUGACAAACAAUCCAAAACCCCAAAAGGUAUUCAAUUCACUAUAAUAUAAGGCAGUAAACAUUUUAAAAAAUUUUCCUGCUUUUUUAAAAAGAAAAGUAAUAUUUUUUUCCUGUCCAUUCACUAAUGAAUGGAUAAAGCAACUGUGUCACCUGAUGUUGCCUGGCUUCUUAUAAAAGAUCCUGUCAAACAUGUCAAGGCAAAGAAACUAAAUUAAAAAACAAUACAACCUUAAAAUGGUUCUGAUAGCUUCCAUACAAAUAUCAAACAUUAUAAUCCAACACAACUGUAUGCCUUAAGACAAGUGUUACCAAAUAUAUUACAAACAGGAUGUCACCGUGUUACUGUAUCAUAAGACAUCUAUGUGACUGUAAGUGGUUGAGAGUAUACGUAACACUGAAGACCAUAUACAACACUCACAGUGUUGGUUUGUUGAGUGAUUUCAUAUUUAAUGUUGACUGACAUGAUGCUGAGUAUCAUGUCCUAAUUCAACACAUGUAUUUGUAUAGAGACGCCAUGAAUGUCAUGCAAAAGAAGAUUGAUAAAGGCUAUCUUUGUAAGCAUUACACUGUGUGAAUGUAACUCUUUUAAACUCAGCAUUUUGAUAUUGUGUGUUCAUUUAGAAGCCUAUCCUUCUUAAUGUUAGGAAAUGUGAUUUCUGGGUAACAAAGUCCCUGAAAAACAAUCUAAUUAAAACUCGCUGACACACCCCUGAAA